UCGAAAUGAAACUCGGCUGUUAGCUCAAAGAAAGAAGACACUUGAGACGACUCUUGAGACGACCAAAACGUCUCUCCUCUCCCGCAUAGCCCACAACUCUCUCUCUCUCUCUCUCUCUCUCUCUCUCUCUCAUCGGUCUGUGCUCUUUUCUCCUGAUCCAAUACUCCGCCGUUCCACCGCAUAGCCAUGGACGCUCUCCCGCAAGACACGCUCCACCAGAUCUUCUCCAGCCUUCCCCUCCGUCAGGUCAUGAUCUGCCGCUCACUCUCCAAGUUCUUCAACCACCUCCUGACCUCACCAUCCUUCAUACAGCUCAUCUCCACCCAAUCGCCUCCCCUCAACCUCUUAGCCCUCCGCCCUCCCCACCACCACCACCACCGCCACGUAUCCUCCCCUCCCUGCCUCCACGUGUUCGACCCCGACGACAACCAAUGGCUCAGAUUCAACCUAGAUUUUCUUCCCUUCCGCUCCCCCCACCCCGUCGCCUCCUCCCUCGGCUUCGUCUACCUCUGGGGCGAAUCGCCCGACUCGCCCGAGUCCACCAAGUCACUCGUCGUCUGCAACCCUCUGACUCGCCAGUUCCGAGUCCUGCCCCAGCUCGGGUCUGCUUGGUCGCGCCACGGCUCGGUCCUCGUUGACUCCGAAACUCGAGUCAUGGUCCUCACCGAGCUCGCCGCUCUCUACUUCUCCGGUUCAAACCAGUGGCUAAAGUUCUCAUCCAACCUCCCAUCGAAACCCAGAAGCCCAAUUUUGGUCUUUGACUCGGUUUACGCUCUCUGCGAUGUGGGUUCGCCUUGGAGGAGUCAAUGGAAGCUCUUUCAUUGCACAAUUUCAAAACUGAAGACCUCCCAGACGUGGACUCGGCUCGAAAAGCACGAGUGGGGGGACGUUUUUGACAUCUUGAAACGACCCCGUUUGGUUCGCGGAAACGGGAACAAGGUUUUGAUGGUUGGUGGGUUGAAAUCGUCUUUCUCGCUGAAUGCUUCGUGCUCGACGAUUUUGAUACUGAGGCUGGACUUGGAUAGCUUGGAGUGGGACGAGGCGGGCCGAAUGCCGGUGGACAUGUUCAGGUGUUUUCAAGAGUCGAGCAAGUUCAAGGUGUUUGGUAGCGGUGAUAGGGUUUGUUUUUCGGCCAAGAGAGUUGGGAAGUUGGCUUUGUGGGACCAUUGUUCGGGGAAAGGCGAGUGGCGGUGGAUUGAUGGUGUGCCUGGAAGCGGCGAUGGGCUUUGCCGGGGGUUUGUUUUCGAGGCCAGGCUCACUGCAUUGCUUUGAUCGGGUUCAGCAAAGUUUUAAGCUUUCGAUGCCAACUAGAGCCUGAAUUGCAUGGUGGAUUUACAGAACAGCCAAAAGGAGAAGAAUUAAACCCCGUUGCUGCAACACUUUUUUGGUUUUUUGGUAUUGUUGGCGUUUGUGUGUCUAUGAAAGUUUAAGACCAAUGUAGCUGGCAAAGGAUUAUAUAUAAAUAGGGGUGAAGUUUGUCUCAAUGUUGUGAGAGUAUAAAACUAAAAACAUUGCAAGUUUCUGGGCUUGUGGUAGUGUUUAUACUGACACUUUGAUCAGAAACUUUGACCAUUUUGUACACAGAUGAAAGCAUGUUGGUAACUUUUCUUAUACCAUCUCUACGACAUCAUUUGAUGA